GAAUCCGGCUGGGUAGCGUGCUGAGACGCACCUGGCGUAACACUCUCCUUUCUGAAUCCGAGUCCAGGUCCCGCGGAAGCUGCAGCCAUGAAGGAGAGACGGGCUCCCCAGCCAGUCGUGGCCAGAUGUAAGCUCGUUCUGGUGGGGGAUGUGCAGUGUGGGAAGACAGCAAUGUUACAGGUGUUGGCGAAGGACUGCUAUCCCGAGACGUAUGUGCCCACUGUGUUUGAGAAUUAUACAGCCUGCUUGGAGACAGAGGAACAGAGAGUGGAGCUCAGUCUCUGGGACACUUCAGGGUCUCCCUACUAUGACAAUGUCCGUCCACUCUGCUACAGUGACUCAGACGCAGUAUUACUGUGCUUUGAUAUCAGCCGUCCAGAGACUGUGGACAGUGCACUCAAGAAGUGGAGGACGGAAAUCCUUGACUAUUGUCCCAGCACCCGUGUCUUGCUUAUUGGUUGCAAGACAGACCUGAGAACAGACCUGAGCACUCUGAUGGAGCUGUCACACCAGAAGCAGGCACCCAUCUCUUAUGAGCAGGGCUGUGCCAUUGCCAAGCAGCUGGGUGCAGAAAUAUACCUGGAAGGCUCGGCUUUCACCUCCGAGAAGAGUAUCCACAGCAUCUUCCGGACGGCGUCCAUGGUGUGUCUGAACAAACCCAGCCCAAUGCCCCCGAAGAGCCCUGUCCGAAGCCUCUCCAAGCGGCUGCUCCACCUCCCCAGCCGUUCUGAACUCAUCUCUUCCACCUUCAAGAAGGAAAAGGCCAAAAGCUGUUCCAUUAUGUGAAGUGGGGGUUGGAGAAGGGAGACAACCUCCCACUUCCUCCCUUGGGUUGCAGAGGCACGGGGAGAGGGAGGAGGAGACAAUUUAGGACUCUGGACAUGAGAUUUUCAGAUGGCCACGGUGAGGGCUCGGAAGGAGACAGGAACGAGACAAGGAAAGAGCCAGGCCCGGCUUGAGGACCUGACACUGAGAAAGAACCAUCACACCCCAAGCCAGGCACUAGGUGGUGGAGGGGGCGGCUGCCCCAGUGCCCUCUGCUCCAGUGACAGAAAAGGUGUGGGGGUUUGGGGGGCAUGCUGGCCUCACGGCUUUGGUUGGGGGCCUACAGGAGCCUCACUUCAGCAUCAUGCCUCUUCCACACAGCGUUUCCAUGCAGGCCAGGGGAUGGGAGGGGUCCCUGAGCCCUUCCCUUCCCCUCUGAGGAGGCUGCAGAGGAGUGGAGAGUGGGGAAGCCAAGAGGCAGCUCCCUUGGGAGCUGAGCCCAGGUGCUUCAUAACUGGUAACUGAAAUCAGAAGGCAGGAGCUGGUCAGAGCCACUGAGAAGGAAACCUCAUCUUUGCAUAGCCCAUGCCUCAUGGAGAGGUGACAUCAUACAUUCGCAUGCUUCUCACCUGAGUCCCCAGGGUCCAAGGGAGAAGCCCCAGACCCCCUUCUCUUGCAGUGUGGGGGUGGUGGUGCUGCAGGAGGCAGGGCUGGGUGGGGGUCACCAGACUUUUUCUGCCCUUAGGGCAGUAUAGCUGGCAUUUGUUUUAUAGACUCUUGUCUUUGGAACUGGGGGGAGGGGGGAGUGUUUCAAUCUGUUAUAUGUUCUGUGUUUAAAGAAGAAAACCUAUUUAUUAAUUAAAUAUAUAAGACAUACAAAGAAGUUGAUCCAUCUUCUUAGUUUCUUUCUUGGUUUCCUUUGGUCUCCGAUACUGAGGAGAAAGAGGUGCUGGGGUCCCUUCUGUGCAUUGCAGAGGGGCUGCCUACCCUGUUCACUGGCCCCUCCAGCAAGGAUCUGCGCCCUUUCCCCACAUCCCUGCUUCAUCCCCUUCCCCACCCAUUUCCUGCUAAUCAAGUGAUGAUCUCCUUACCUCUGGAGCAGGGUUUCUCAACCUGGGAACCAAUGACAUUUUGGAGUAGCUAAUGCUUUGUGGUGGGGGCUCUCCUGUGCACCCAGGAGAUGUCUAACAGAAUCCCUGGCCUCUCCCUGCUAGGUGUCCACAGCACCCUGAGUUGUCCCAGACAAAAACGUCCCCUGCAUUGCAGGUAGAUUCUUUACCAUCUGAGCACCAGGGAAGCCCAAAAUGUCUCCAGAUGUUGCUAAAUGUCUCCCAGAACAAAGUCAUUUGGGGUUGACAACCAUUGCCCUGGAGAGCCUAGAGGAGAGAGACAAAAUCCAGUGAAAGCAUUAGAUGGAGAGCCAACCCCACCCCUACAGAAAGUGGACAGGCUGAAGCCAAGGCUGGGAGGUUCCAAGGGUUCAGGUCUCCUCUGAAUUUAAG